CAUAAUUUUUUCCGUAUAAAAGUAUUCAAAGUCCAUCCUUUGUCAAAAGCUCGACGACUUUCAAAGAGAAAGCACAUAUUCUUAACAUAAAACUUCAACGAAAAUGAGAACACAAGCUGCAACAGCCUUAUACGCAUUUCUAGCUCUGUGCUGUCUAGGAAGCACAUUAUGUGGCCUCAUCACGGAACUUGGUAAACCGCUUCAGCAGGCUGGCAAUGCUGUUAGAGAACUGGGUAACAAAAUUCCAAGGGCCGCAAACGUAAAUUCCGACCUCGGUAGCGUUAAUACUGUUAAAGAUGUCGCCAAAGAAGUCGGUGGUAAAAUUUCCGAUCUAAGUCCCAUCAAGAGUAUCAUCAGUCCUAUUCCGAGUGAAAUCGGUUUCUUUAAUAAGUUAAUUUCUAUACUCCGCAAACUGCUGUCAUCACUUAAACGCAAAGCCAAAGAAGAGCAUAACGAAGAUGAACCGUCAUCUACGGUGGCAGUAGAGCCUAUUGAGACAACGAAAGCUGGGCCCCAGGACGAUGAAAGUUCAACUGUUGUUGCUACAGAAAUACCAACUGAAUCCGAAACCGAUGAGUUAGCAACACAGGUUCCAGUUGAUAAUUCCUCAGAUGAACUAACUGAGUCCGAAGCCGAUGAGUCAGCACCACAGGUUCCAGUCGCUAUAUCCAGCUUAUUGCCAUAACUUUAAACAACAAUUCUUCGUUAUUGAAAUUGUCAUAAACAAACAUCUAAUUUAUUAAAUAGUUCUUGAGAGUUGUUUAAAAUUAAAAAUACAAGGAAUUUUAUUUUAACGUAAUUUGAAAAAUUAGUUGAGGAUACGGAAAUUAUGACUGGCGGUCCACUUCAUACGCGGAAGACUUAGACGACAAAAAUAUGUGCAACAUUCAAGAACAUGCAAUAAAUUACAAUUUUUUCUGUUGCUUUAAA